AAGACAUGGCGCUAAAUAAGCCGUGAGGUGGUCUGUCAGCAGCUGGAGUGCCGGCCUGGUUGACAAGGAGGAUUUACAGUCUCUCUGGAGAAAGUCACUCCAGGGCUGAUGUCAUACUUCCACUAUCAGAGGAAUUGUGCAGCAGUAAACCUACGCUGUGCCAGCCCCUUCCUUUGGCAAGUACAGUUUAAAAUUCCGGACAACCUCCUUUCUCUCUUGCUGUCUGCUCUGAACUGAACAUACGCCCUUCAGAACUGCAGGUUUUCAGAAGGGUGGUCAAAUGAGUGAUCACGCAGAAGAAAACUGCAAGAAAAGCAAUUCUGCCCAGGAAACAUCUGCAGAAGGAAAUGUCUCUGCUGCUAAGGACUGCUCAGUAACACAAAAGCAAUUGCAACAACUUGAGAAACAAUUAAAAUGCUUAGCCUUUCAAAAUCCAGGACCUCAGGUAGCUGACUUCAAUCCUGAAACUAGAGAGCAGAAAAAGAAAGCGCGCAUGUCACAGAUGAAACAAGAUUUUUUUUAUAAGCCCAAAAUUACAAAGAAGUAUGACAAACAUGGCAGGCUGCUUUGUAAUAACAUCGAUUUGUGUGAUUGCCUGGAAAAGAAUUGCCUGGGUUGCUUCUAUCCUUGCCCCAAAUGCAAUUCAAACAAAUGUGGACCAGAAUGUCGCUGCAAUAGGAAAUGGGUUUACGAUACAAUUGCGACUGAAGCUGGGAAUGUGAUCAGCGUGUUGCCAUUUUUUGUCCCUGACUGAUUUUGUUCUGAUAGUUUUUGCGCCUGAGCGAAGUUCUUCUUUCUUCACAUUUUAUUAAAGUAAAUCUUGGCUUUAUGAAUUGUC